AAUGCGGAAGGCGGGGGCUGCGGCUGCUGUCCGAUAGCGGCGGGCGGUGCGCUGGGAGUACGGGGCCGCUUGAGGGGAGCCGGGGCCGGGGGGGAUGUGUACGCGGGUGACAGUUGUAGGGUAGGAGGCCUGCAGACGGAAGGCAGGGAGAGCAGGAAGAGACCCCCGGCGCCGGCGGCGGCGGCGGCGAAAAUGCUGGAGACCCUGAAAGAGAGGCUGCUGAGUGUGCAGCAGGAUUUCACCUCCGGGCUCAAGUCUUUAAGUGACAAGUCAAGAGAAGCAAAAGUAAAAAGCAAACAAAGGACUGUUCAAUAUUCGCCAAAGUUUUCUGCUGGACUCGAGCUACUCAGCAGAUAUGAAGAUACAUGGGCUGCCCUUCACAAGAGAGCAAAGGAAUGUGCAAGUGCAGGAGAGCGGGUGGAUAGUGAAGUGGUGAUGCUUUCAGUACACUGGGAGAAAAAGAAGACAAGUUUAAUUGAGUUACAAGAACAGCUCCAGCAGAUUCCAGGAUUGUUAGCAGAUCUAGAAUCCAUGACUGCGAAUUUGAUUCAAUUAGAAGCUAAUUUUGAGGAGGUAGAAAAUCACUUACUGCACUUGGAGGAUUUAUGUGGGCAGUAUGAACUAGAGAGGUACAAACAUCUACAAACACAACAAUUGGAAAAUUACAAAAAAAAUAAAAGGAAGGAACUUGAAGCCUACAAAGCUGAGCUAGAUGCAGAGCAUACCCAAAAGGUGCUAGAUAUGGAACACAGCCAACAGCUGAAACUAAAGGAACGCCAGAAAUUCUUUGAAGAAGCCUUCCAGCAGGACAUGGAACAGUACCUUUCUACAGGCUAUCUGCAGAUAGCUGAACGACGAGAGCCCAUAGGCAGCAUGUCAUCCAUGGAAGUGAAUGUAGAUGUGCUAGAACAGAUGGACCUGAUGGAUAUGUCUGAUCAAGAGGCCCUGGAUGUCUUUUUAAACUCCGGAGGAGAAGACAACGUACUGUCUCCCGGAUUAGGGCCCGACUCCAGUUCCUGUCAGAAUGAACUCAACCUCGAGGUUCCCCACCGUUCUGCAUCUCGAAGCCAGCUGGCUUCUUCAUCCUCAGUCUGCACCGACUCUGCCCCCCAGGAGAACAGUGAAAGUGGGGAGUCCCCUGUUGUUCAGUCUGACGAGGAAGAAGUCCAAGCAGACACUGCCCUGGCCACUCUCAAGGCCCGGUCAGAUGCUAGUGAUGAAAGUGACUCUUAAACUCCAUCCAGCCUUCCCUUCUUUCUCUUGACUACACAGUAUUUUGGUGAAGACAGUUCACGUUUUGGCCAGAUAGUCUGUCUGAAGUUGUUUUGUUUUAUGGGGAUACUAGAUUUUUUUAAAUUGCCAAUAAUGAGUAGUUGCCUAAAAGCACAGUUUUUCUCUUAUCAAACAAUAAAGUUUGACAACUUUGAGCAUUAUUAAACUUUGUACAGCAAAUAAAUUCUAAAGCUCUUA